ACUAGUAAAAAAGCGGCAUUGCGUGAAAACAAAUCGAACUUCGCAAAUAAUUUUUAAAUCUUAUAUAUCAGCCUAUAAAUAAAGUUGAACCAACAUGUCGUUUAUGAACCCAGUGGACAUGGUCGAUGAGGAUGCAGCAGACCUGCAGUUUCCAAAAGAGAAAGCUAACAGUCAUGAGGUCAUGCGCUCAUCUGUCAGGUUUGCUCGUGCCCGCGCUGAUAGUCAAACGAAGCGUGUAACGAUUCAUUAUAAUCACCUUGCAUUCCACAAUCAGCUCGGUGAAAAUGUAGACAGAGCUGAGAAUAAGGAUAGCGAAGCCGAGCACUCGGGCUCUACUCUAUGUGCAAUGUGUCGCUGUUGCCUCGCAGAGCCAUAUAUCAAGUGUGCCGAAUGCCUGGACGUCCUAAUAUGCUUGCAGUGCUUUUCACGAGGUCGCGAAAUCGGGAGUCAUCGCAACAGCCACGCCUACAUUAUAGUACGAGAUGAUAUUCAGGUGUUUGCAAACGAUUCUGGUUGGGUAGCACGAGACGAGCGUGCACUGCUGCAAGCUUUACACAAAAAUGGCUAUGGCAACUGGGAUGCCAUAGCCAAUGCACUUGAACGACGUUUCUCACCAGAGGAGGUACGACGACACUAUCACGAUUGCUACUUCGGGGGCAUCUUUGAACGGUUGCUCGGGUUGCAGCAUGCACGAAAUUGUUACCUGCCCGAGCGGAUGCCGUAUGUAUUCAAAAUGCGAUCCCUGGAGCCGCCUCGGCAUGAUGACAUAUCGUCGAUUCAGUUUAAAAUCAAUGCAGGAUAUCGAUGCGCACGCGGAGAUUUCGACACGCCCUACGAUUCCUCUGCUGAGGGUCUGCUUUCAGUGAUGAUCGAACAGCAAAGAGCAAACGCUGAUGAUGACUCACUUGAGAAUGACUCACCAGAUCAGCAGUUAGUGGAGGAACUGCAGUGUGGACUAGUCCGUGCUUACAACAAUCGUCUGAGAGAACGCCAGCGACGCUACAAAAUUAUGCGUGACCAUGGUCUCAUUCUGCCAAAUCGCACUGUCAGCUGGAUAACCAAAUAUGUGAGCGCUUUUCGUAGCGAUGUCAGCUGCAUGCGCUUCCUUGCCCUCAUGCAAGUUUGCAAACCCUUUCAGUUCGAUCUGCUGGUGGAGUCGUUGCGCAAUUAUCGCCAAUUACAAAAUCGACUCCACUGGCUCUACGAUAUACGGCAGCAUGGCGUGCGCACUCUCUACGGCGGCGCACUUUAUACGCGCCUUUACAAGCAGCGCCAGCAGGCUCAGCGGGAUUAUGCACGGCAACGGCAAAACGAUGCUUACGACUGGCAGCAAUUGGUGCACCACUUCGAAAAUAACCAGAAUGUUGACCAGCUGCCUCAAGGCAGUAGCUCCAGAGUGUAUAUGCAUUGUCCGCGUCGGAAGGCUAGUCCAAUGGAUAUUUCGGAUCUGCCAGGAUACUCUAAGCUAGAUGCAGGAGAACGUACACUUUGUAGCGUGGCGCGUCUAAUACCACAGGCCUAUUUGGAGCACAAAAAUCAGCUUAUUGCAGAGCAAGCCAAGCUGGGGCAUCUAAGGCUGGGCGAUGCACGGCGACUUAUUAAGAUCGAUGUUAACAAAACGCGUCAGAUUUAUGAUUUCUUGGUGGAAAAUGGCCACAUUCGACCUCAUACUUUUGGCUAAACUUGUAGCAUUAUAUUCACUUGCAUCUCACUUAGUUCGAGAAUGCUGAAACACUGCUCAUAUCGGAGGUGCACAUGUUACUGGAUCAUCGCAAACGGCAAAAUGAAUCCGC